GCAUCCAAUCAGUUAGCGCCAGGGUGGCACCCAGGCCAGGCUCCCGCAGAUUAGCUGUCCACCUUUGCUUCCCUGCAGGCUACGCCUCCUUCAGCAAUGCGACUAAGCGUGUAUCUCUCCUGGGUCUUCCUUGAAAAUGUGCCCGUGCAACGAUUUUUGUUCAAAUUGUUUACAUCCAGGGUUUCAGGGAUGUUCAUGGGUUUGAACUCCGUUUUUAUGAUCAUCACGGCGCUGCAGAACUCCUCCACGUUACAAACGGUCCUGUUGCCUGUCAGCAAUGUCUUUGACUGCUACUCGGCGUUCACAUGUCUAUCCGUGUCACGCCAGGCGCGCUUCUGGAGUAUCCUGCGGAAGAUCCUGAGACUUGUUAACGUCAUGGAGGCUACUCUGGGCGAGAAGGUAUGGAUGGACAAUACGAAGCGCAUCAUUGGAAUGUUUUGUGCAACGACCCUAUCAUACGCUAUAUUCGUAUUUAGUAGUUUGUGGACGGAACUUUUCCUCUCUGGCACAUCAUUGUACAUCUCUUGGCCGUUUGAACCCUACUUGGGAUCAUGGGGCGAACACGUCGGGCAGGUGUACUACAACUUUGUGCAUCUCAGCUUAGUAUGCUUGUGCGUCGUCUGGAUGUACACUGCUGUGGGUUGCGCCACUUGCACAUCAGCUGGACUGCAUCAUGCUUUGGCUCAGUACCUGAUCUCCAACGUGACACCUAGAACCACAGAGAACGCUGUGAAAAUGCAUCAGCAGCUGCGCCUUGUCACGCUAGACAUGGUAGAUUUCUUCGCAGGAAACCUUGCGAAGAUCAUGGCCCACUCGUUCUGCAACGCAGUUAUCGCAACCAUCCAGGUGUUGGCCAACGAAGUAUCCUCCGGUACUUUUGUCAAUCUUAUCGCCGUGUCACUGUUAUUCACUUCACUCUGCUUCUUCAGCCAAAUGUUGUCGGACGCUAGCCUUGCCCUACAAACCUGCGCGUAUCGCGCUGCCACCAGUGGCGUGCAACUCCCCGAAGCGCACGCCCUCGCCCUGGUCAUGCUGGCCGCUGGCAGGCCACCGGCGCUUCGCUGCAGAGGUCUGGGCCGACUCAACCUGGCGGCUGCGGGCGACGCCUUCCGCCGCCUCUACUCGGUCAUCAGCGUGCUGGGUACAAAGUACUAAAAGACGUGACGUUUAAUGGAUCUUGUCGAAUACUGUCACAACUAUAAGAUGGUACUACUACGAACUGUUAACUGUGUAUUCACAAAGGAAUACAAUUCCAACUAUCGAUGAAUAAUCUGGAGCUCGCCUACACAUUAUUUGAUGUUAUUGUCUUGCCCCA